AUGAUUAGGUCCAAUCAGACUUCCCCAGUGAUGGGGUUCAUUCUCCUGGGACUCUCAGCACACCCAACACUAGAGAAAACCUUCUUUGUGCUCAUCCUGGUGAUGUACCUGGUGGUCCUCCUGGGCAAUGGAGUCCUGAUCAUUGUGACCAUCCUGGACUCCCACCUGCACACACCCAUGUACUUCUUCCUGGGGAACCUCUCCUUCCUGGACAUCUGCUACACCACAUCCUCAGUCCCCCUCAUCCUUGACAGCUUCCUCACUCCCAGGAAAACCAUCUCCUUCUCAGCCUGUGCUGUGCAGAUGUUUCUCUCCUUUGCCAUGGGCGCCACAGAGUGUGUGCUUCUGAGUAUGAUGGCAUUUGAUCGAUACGUGGCCAUCUGCAACCCCCUUAGGUAUUCUGAGAUCAUGAGAAACGAUGUCUAUAUGCCUAUGGCUACUGGCUCUUGGAUAGCUGGAAGUAUCACCGCUAUGGUGCAGACAUCCCUAGCAAUGCGACUGCCUUUCUGUGGGGACAAUGUCAUCAAUCAUUUCACCUGUGAGAUCUUGGCUGUCUUGAAGUUGGCCUGUGCUGACAUCUCCAUUAAUGUGAUCAGUAUGGGAGUAGCCAAUGUGAUCUUCUUAGGAAUUCCUGUGCUGUUCAUUUUUUUCUCCUAUGUAUUCAUCAUUGCUACCAUUUUAAGGAUCCCCUCAGCAGAAGGGAGGAAAAAGGCCUUCUCUACCUGCUCUGCCCACCUUACAGUUGUGGUUGUCUUCUAUGGGACCAUCCUAUUUAUGUAUGCAAAGCCCAAGUCCAAGGAUCCACUGGGGGCAGACAAAGAGGACCUCUCAGACAAGCUCAUCUCCCUCUUCUAUGGCGUGGUGACCCCCAUGCUCAACCCCAUCAUCUACAGCCUGAGGAACAAGGACGUGAAGGGUGCUGUGAGGAAUCUGGUAUUUCAGAAAUGCCUUGCUCAUUGA